AUGGCUGAGAAGCCUUCGGUUCUCAUCAUUGGCGGGCUGGGAUACAUUGGUCGUUUCCUGGCUCUGCACAUCCACCAAAAUGGCCUGGCCUCAGAAGUUAGGGUGGUGGACAAGGUAUUGCCUCAGCUGGCUUGGCUCGCUCCUGAAUUCAAAGAUGCAUGCGCCGGAGACAAAUUUGUGCAGGCAGACGCAAGUAGAAAGGAGUCGAUGGCGCGUAUAUUCGACCGGCCAGACGGGAAAGAGUGGGACUAUGUGUUCAACUGCGGAGGCGAGACCAGGUACUCGCAGGAGGAUGAGGUCUACAAGCUGCGGUCGCUGGGCUUAUCGCUCGCCCUCGGCAACGAGGCAGCCAGGCGCAAAAUCAAGGUGUUUGUCGAGCUCAGCACCGGAAUGGUAUACAAGCCCGACUCACAGCCGAGCAAAGAGGGAGACAAGCAAAAGCCAUGGAGCAAGAUUGCUGUAUUCAAACAGCAGGCCGAGGAGCAACUGGCCAAGAUUGAGGGUUUGAAUCUCGUAAUCGCCCGUCUGGCGCAUGUCUACGGACCUUAUGCAUCUCAAUGGGUUGCGACGGCGCUCUGCAUGGCGCGCGUGUACAAGGAGAAGAACGAGGAAAUGAAGUGGCUGUGGACAAAGGACCUGCGCACAAACACGGUUCAUAUAAGUGACGUUGUUCGAGCACUGUGGGACAUGGCCUCGUGGUACGAUGCUGGCAAAAAAGGUUGGGACAGCAAGACCAUGGGCGAGGUUGUGACCUUCAACGUGGUUGACAAGGGUGUCACAACCCAGGGCGUCAUGGCCGAGUUGAUCGGAGAAAUAUUCGGCAUCCAGACGGGAUUCCAAGGGCAGUUGAUCAGCACCUUUGCCCGGAUGAACAUGGACAGCGUCGUUGACGACGUCAACGACAACAUGCUGGGACCGUGGGCGGAAUUACUAGAGCAGGCAGGCAUCGUCAGACCAGGUCCUCUGACUCCUUUUAUGGAGAAGGAGUUGCUCAAGGACACAGACCUCAGCAUGGACGGCUCCCGACUCGAGACGGUACUUGGGUUCAAAUACGAGAAGCCUAAGAUCACCAGGGAGUUACUCGAGGAGGUGAUCGAAAGCUACAAGAAGAUGAACUGGUGGCCGGCUUGA